AUGACUGUCCGAGCCCUGAUCUACGCCUACAGAAAACCAGGCCUAUCCCUCGAGGACUUCAAAACACAUUACGAAGAACACAUUAAUUUCCUCAAGCAUCUCUCCGGAGACGACUUCCCUUUAUCCCACAAACGCAGCUACAUUGCGCGCAACGUCCUGAGCGACGGUCAAACCGCUGACAACGGAACUGCCCGCAACGCUACCACACCAGCUACUGUUCUCGCUGGCCAACAGGCGGAUUUCGAUUUUGAUGCCUAUGCCGAACUGAUAUUUGCCAGUCAAGAGUCCUUUCAGAAAUUUGUCGCAAAAGUUCAAGCGCCUGAAGCUGCGGCUCAGAUUGCGGCUGAUGAGGAGAAGUUUUUGGAAAGGUCGAAGUUGAGUAUUGCUUUGUUGGGAGAUCAGAAACUGCGUGGCCCACUCAUUCCCAUGCGUUUCUCUGCCGUCCUCUCGUUUACCCUCGGCCUCGGUGCUGUUGUGGCCAUCUAUCAAGAUAAUUUUGACUCCGGCGAUGUCUGUCUCCCUGACUGGGAAGUGUGCUCACAGGUCCAACCACUGGUCAAUAUACUGCUUGGAAUCUCUGAUGUGACACACAUAUGCCAGCAGUUAGAUCCCGAAGCACUUGGUCCUGCUACUGUUACCGUCACCGACAGCCCACAGGCCUCGACUACAACUACGAUUUUCCAGACAGUGACAAACCCUGUGGAAAUUACUUCCUUGGUCACUAGAACCGUCACCCAGUCCUCCCAAGCCGUCGUCACCAACCGCUUCUCUUCUAGUGCUGUCCAGUCUGUAAGGGUCACUGUGCCUGCAACAGCUCUCCAGACCAUCCCUUCCACGGCCAUUCGACUGAGCACCAAAACUGUGACUUCGACUCAAACCAACACUGCGACCAUCACUAGCACUAAAACCGCAACGGACCUGGAAACAACCACGGUGACUGUCACAGCUACGAUGCUGGUCUUUAAGAAGCGAGAUGACGUUCCUGGUUUGCUCGCAUCAUAUCCUGCAAGCGAAUUGCGCGACGCAUGCUGGUGCCUUGAGACUGCAACAGUUUCCGAGACAGUCGCCCUUCCCACUGCUACCAGGACCAGUACCGUUGUGCUUGGAACAGCGAUAGACGUGACUCAUACCAUCACGGAGACAGUCGAUGCAACUGCAAAGAUAACCGGAACGGCCACUGUGGAUGUUACUUCUGUUGUUAUAGAAGUGUAUACCAUCACGGCCACCUCCACGACGACAGUCCAGGUUGCUUCAGCUGUCACCUUCGAUCAAGAGGUUGAUGUCACUGCCACAGUAACCGCCACUGUCACCACUGAUGCCACAGCAUCCAUAACAACUACCAAGAUUUCCACUGUCACUGCUAGAUUCACUGACAUUGUGACCAUCAGUUAGGCAUUCCUCAGUGGUGGGCUUGUUGCGUCCAGCUUCCAGACUACAUUUAGCUGUACUGUCUCAAUGACAACUUAUUUCGCAUGAACCUGACAUCAUUGUUAGUCUCCGUGACAGUCCAAUUGUACCAUACCAAGUGUAGAUUCUCAGCAUUAGACAAGUUGUCGAUCAUUCAUCACUCUUCAUAAAAUUUCUUGAAUU